UGGGGUUCAGAUGGCACUGGACCUGUUAGAGACCAGGUUCUGGGCUACAGCUAAGCAGCCCAAUGACACAGACUGCUCUAAUACAGAGGGCAUCUGUCCGCUGACAUGUGAAGCCAUGGACCUGGCCUGCUACCUAAUCGACAGCAAUGCUUUCAUAAUCAUCUCCAAAGAAAAAAGCCAUAUGGGGAGGUUCUUUGGAGAAGUUGACGGCUCAGUGAUGGCACGCCUUAUCAAGAUGGCCAUGUUCAAAAGGGUAUCUCUGUACGACUAUCAGGCCAUGUGUAAGAUGGGAGGACAUUCUGCCAGCAGCGCCAGACCCCUUCUUAGUCCCUUCUAUGUUCUGGCGGCUGCUCUAAAGUGGUUCCUCACCAACUUCCUACUGUUUUUACUGGAGUUCAACAUCUGUGGUCUCUGGCACUCUGACCGCUUUGCUGAAGCCAAGCCUGGCUUCAAAGCGUCGGCCCAGAAGAAGAAGGGAGACAUCCUGCAGCCGUGUGACACAGAGUACCCCAGCUUUGUCUACGAGCCCUCCAUCAAGGAGACCAACAGCCUCAUUAAGUGUGGACGCUGUCAGAAGAUGUUUGUAACCCAGGCUGUCCCUGACAGUAACCUGCUGAUGUUGGUGGUACAGGCAGACUGUGACUGUUCCCGUCAGUACCCUGCUAUCACCAUGGAACCCAAGGAAGUGAAAUAUAUCGCCUCAGUAAAGUGUGACAGGAUGAAAUCUCAGAAGGUCCGUAGGAGACCCGAGUCCUGCCACGCCUAUCACCCUCAGGAAAACGCCAAGGAGUGUGGAGAUGCAUCGCAGAUCUACCUGUCUGUCUCUCUCUUCCUCACCUGUCUCACUGCCUCCUUCACCUGUCUCAAGGCCUCCACGCUGGUCUUCCGAUGACAGACGACAGACAGCUACCUAGUCUAACCCCCCCCCCCCCCCCCUCUGGAAAUCUCUCUAGAAUGUUCCAGAAUGCCUGAACUUAGCAUGCCUGCUACUGCUUGCGUUAUCUUUAUCAAUCAAUAUGACUAUAUGAUUUAACUUAUGAUAUUGAUCAUUUGGGCUGAUGGACUGAGAGGAAUAAGAUGUUGACUGACUCCAUGUUUGAUGACUUUACAAUCACAGAGAGAUGUUGACUGACUCCAUGUUUGAUGACUUUACAAUCACAGAGAGAUGUUGACUGACUCCAUGUUUGUUGACUUUACAAUCACAGAGAGCUGUUGACUUCAGAUGUUUGAUGACUUUCAACCACCAAAGUUGUGCUUCUUUGGACAACCGUUCUAAAACCAUGAAAGGGCUUUUUGGUGUCUUCUUCUUCUUCAGUGUCUGAUAAGAGAACAUUAUAGUGUUUCUAUGCAAAAGGAAACAUACUUUAUUUGACCGUGGAAAGAUCCAGUAUCCAAUAUUAUUCCAAAGGACUUGACUUUGCAAUAAGACCAUGGAAGACUCUCAGUCUGUGGAUGAUGUGUUUUAUAAAUGGUUUUGAUAAAUAAUACUCUGGAUUCAUGCAUGUGUUGUCUGUUUACCUUAAGCCAUGAAAUGGAGGAAGAACCUUGAAUAAGGCAGAGGCAUCUUUGAACAGUGAUACAAUUCAGAUAGUAGAAUCAGUGACCCCUGCUGGUUGAAAUAUGACAUUGCAGGAUGGUGAUGAAUCAACUGGAGGCUGGCUGGCUGCUGAAGGAUGAACACAAUGGACUCAACUUCCACAUUGUUCUGUUCAUAACUCAUCAGUCUUUGGUCUACGCACCACAAACACAUCAAGUAUCUACUAUUAAAUGUGGGCUGGGUUUUCAUUGUUGGAAAUGGAUGGACUGUUUCAGGAAAAACCUUCAAGUCACAUAUCAUAUAUGCAAUCUAAGACUUACUAAACCAGUUGACUUAGUUGGCUUACUGCAACACAAGAACCAUUACUGACCACCUACUUCUGUGUUGGACUACUAGGUGGAACAACCAUUCUGUUAGAAGGAACAACGUUACAAUGUGAUGGACUACUAGGUGGAACAACCAUUCUGUUAGAAGGAACAACGUUACAAUGUGAUGGACUACUAGGUGAAACAACCAUUCUGUUAGAAGGAACAACGUUACAAUGUGAUGGACUACUAGGUGGAACAACCAUUCUGUUAGAAGGAACAACGUUACAAUGUGUUGAUAUCAGGAUCUCCAAGGUGUCUUUCAUCUGAGUUUUACUGUUUGACUCCAAAGACUUAUGAUGGUUUAUAGUUUUUAGCUAAAUUCAUGCAUUCAGUUAUUAUAUUUUUCACAACAUAAUCUGUUCUUUCUAAUUCAUAUGACUUGAAUGAAAUGAUUAUAAAAUGCGUCAUUGAGAAUAAUAGGAUGGGAUACUACUAGUAUUGCUGCUGGACAUUAAACACUACUGUCUGAUGUUACUGUCUAGUGAUUUUCUAAGUGGUGUUAAUAUAUCAGUCUGUCCCUUUCACUUUGACAGUGAUGCUCUAAUGAUGUCAUAUCAUCAUGUGGUAACUGUCCUCAUGAUGCAGUAUUGUUGAUAAAAGAUGCUGUUGCCCAUGUGUAUGUAUGUAAUGUGAUGUCCUGAGUCCUGUGUGUCUGGCUUGUGUCCCACAUGGUACCCUUUAACCCUAUGUAGUGCACUACUUUUGACCAGGGCCCAUAGGGAAUAGGGGACCGUUUGGAACACAGCCUGAGAGUCUAGAAGGCGAUAUGAUUCUCACAGCAGUUUGAUUGACAUGUAGGAUAAUCUGCAAUGGAUCAAUAAUAAUACAAUGAAUAAACUUCCCCUUUAUUUUAAAGCUGUU